GCUCACUUGGCUUCCUCUCGCUCGCGAGACAGCGCGAGCCCAGCAACUUGCUUUGAUGAUACGCGACAUUCAAGAGAAAAGCUACCUGGAAUUUACAGCUGGAAAGAGCCAGAGCAAUCCGGCAAUGCGGAAAUAGGUGGACUGUCCGUGUCACCGAGUUUGCAUCCCUCUCCCAGGCUGAGGUUCUGAGAGCUCGCGGGGAUUGCAAUUAAGUGACAACAAUUCUUUUUCUUUUUUCCUUCCUUUUUAUUAUUGCGCUCUUGUAUUCCUAAAAUUACGUACUGUAAAAUACACUACACGGAGGAUUUGUAGUAUUGUUUUGCUUUCUCUGAUUUUGGCUGUGGGCUAAGAAGAAGAAGAAGAAAAAAAAAACGAAAAAAAAAAAACACUUGGGGAUCAAAGCAACUUGCUGUCUCUCUUUUUUUUUCUUUUCUUUUUUUCUUGAGCAUCAAAAUGGACGUGUUGGCGAAUUACAGCAUUUUUCAGGAACUUCAGCUGGUACAUGACACGGGCUACUUCUCGGCGAUACCGUCGUUGGAGGAGAACUGUCAGCAGACAUGUUUGGAGCUGGAAAGGUACCUGCAGACUGAGCCCAAAAGGCUUUCAGAACUCUUUGACGAGGAGCUCGACUGCCUCCUCACACCAGCCUUAAUGAAGGGAGACAGUGAUGAGGACCUGAUGGACCCUUUGCUGCCCAGCUUAUCUGACGAGUCCAGCCCGCCACCUCAGCUUGUGUCCCUUCCAAAGAAUCUCCACACCCCAGCCAGUAUCAAGAGUACUGAGGCAGGGGUGAAAGAGACCACUGGAGGGGUGAAUCCUGCCCAGCUAAAUGCUGUCACAUCCCUCACACCACCUUCUUCACCUGAGUUGGGACGUCACCUUGUCAAGCCCACACAGACUCUUACUGCCACAGCCGAUGGCACACUAACACUCAAACUGGUGGCCAAGAAAGUGGGUCUUGGGGCAGCAAAGCUUGUGGCAACACAUUCGCUACCUUCACCAUCAAACCACGGAGCACAGAGUGAUGGAGAGGGAGGACCGGGAACAGUAGGGAGAGGGGACAUCCCUGAGAACAAAAAGAGGGUCCAUCGGUGCCAGUUUAAUGGCUGUAGGAAGGUUUACACAAAAAGUUCCCACCUAAAGGCACACCAGAGGACACAUACAGGUGAGAAGCCUUACAAAUGUUCCUGGGAGGGCUGUGAAUGGCGUUUCGCCCGAAGCGACGAACUGACGAGGCACUACCGCAAACACACCGGUGCCAAACCUUUCAAGUGCAACCACUGUGACAGAUGUUUCUCCAGGUCUGACCACUUGGCUCUGCACAUGAAGCGACAUAUCUAAGACCGAGGGAGAAGGGAGAGAGAGAAAGAGUGAGAGGAGGAGAACACUAAAAGAGCGAGAUCAAAGAGAAGAACAGGUGUGCACCGCCCAGAUGAAAAAAUUCACAACAGACAUUGGGUGCACACAAGGGGUCUGGCCACAAACUUCACCACAAGGAAUAUGCGAGGCAGCGUAGGCAAAUGUUGUUGGAUUCUACACAGUCCAGCCUUUUCAUCAGUGAUUAACCAUGCCUUACCAAGCCCUAGCUUGGAGGUCAGACACUGCCAAACACCUAUUUUUUCUUUUGUACAGUAACUCACCACAAGCAUGGGACAAAAAACAUGUGAACGCCACACCAUGUACAAAAUCCAAACGCACAUCUAUCAUCAGUUCUACUAGAGAAUUACGCUCAUUGUACAUUCUGGAACUUCCUUCUUUUCCUUUUCAAACCAAGGACACAUCACAUUAACAAACCUGCAGCCAUGUCGUAUACAGCAAGCAACCAAACUCGGAAAACAACAUUGCCAAUACAUUUUGAGGAGUGACCAGUGGAACUAGCAGCCAAAUGUAAUGCCUGGUUCCCAAAAGCAGGCUCUGCGUAAAAAAAAUAAAAUAAAAAUAACAACGCAGCAUCGGCAAUGCUCAGGAUGUGUGCUGAUUUCUUGUACUCUUCGCUCAGGAGCGAACUCUUCUCUGCUCUUCACGUCUGUCACCUCACAGGUGACUGAAACGUGCAGCGACACUUUCUUGCCUUUAUUAUUUUUUAAAGACGUGUUAAAAAAUGUUUUUCCUUCUGAGCUGAAAUGUCUUAAACUUCUGAAAAGUAAAAAAAAAAAAUUGCUUUGCAUACACAAGCAUAAAUGUGCACAUAUGGGCAAUGGGGGGGAAUUGUAAGCCCUUCUCAGUAUGCACAAGGUUCGACUCAGUGGCUGCUAUCUGGCAGUGAAAGCAAAAAGUUUGAAAAAGACAGAAACAGAAACCCCAAAAAGAUUGGGAUUGUUGGCUUGGUUUGAAAGGACAGACAUCUUCUGUUUUUCAUUUUGCUUUGCUCUGAUUUGAUCUGGGAAAAGCAAACCGAGCGCAACAUGGUGUCAGCACAGAUCUUGUGUGACGCUCUUGACACUGGAAAAGCUCUUUGGCUUUGUGUUGAUACUGGCACCUGUGUGAAAAUGUAGUCCUCUGUUGAACCAGGGCUAUGGGGGACGGAUGGCAGGAUGUUUGACUCUCAAGAUUGUGGAGCACCUGCUGGGAUCAGGAUCCAAAAGAACUUGGUGGCAUCAGCCCAGACAAACUUUGUCUGUUUCAUAUCCAUUGUCUGUGCUGAUUUUUUCAAUGUUCUCUGUGCUUUAUUUUUUCAUACAGUCAAAAAAUAAAAUAAAAAAAAUAAAUAAAAUAAAACAAAAAACAACUUGGAGGGAAAAAAUCAGAAAACAAAAAAAAUACUGAAAACACACACACACACACACACACACACACACACACACAAUACACAGAAUGGUGUGUUUGCUCUUGGCUUUUCCUGAGAAAAAAAAUAAAAACUCUGAAAAAGAAAAAUGCAGAACAAUAAUUACCAAGAUAAUGAACAGCGUUAAACACUGCAUGGCAGCCUCUUUCAGACAGAUACGCACACUCGUCAUUCGCACACAUACAUGCACAGCUUGCCUCUCAGCAUUAUUUGUUUUUCACCCAAAUCUUCACAGCAGUGUUUUAGCAAUUGUUGUUUUGUAGGAUUGCAUUCCAUACAGAUGUCAGACUUUAAAACGAAAGAUUGUUGAUACAUUCUGGUAAAUUAUGUUAAACCAUUAUGCUAAACUGGGCCUAGGUCUAGCUCUGUGUUAACAAUCAGCUUCUAAAUCAUGGGGACAAAAUAUAUAUCAUUGUUCCCAAGGUUGUGAAGCCUGCCGUGGCAUCGCAAUCAGGGCGUUUCCCCACCAACCCUCCUCUUCUGCAUUGAUUUAAUGGCUGCUGAGGGUGGAGGGGAAAUUGAAAGCCAUUAUGGAGUUCUCGCAGACUCUACUAAACGAUCCCAGAGUAUCCCCUCAGGGGACCGGAUACAAAAACUCUCAGUGCAGAACUGCCUCGGAGUGAAGGGUUGGUGCCUUUCUCUUGGUUUGAAGCCUGCUGAAAGCAGCACUUCGGUCACAUUUACAAACACAUACUGUACACGUGCCGUCACUACAUUUUACUCUGAAACAUCCAAUUGAUUUGAACAUUUUUAUUUUUUAUAACCUGGGUUUGGUUAGUUUUUCCAAGCUAAUUGCCAUUUUGUCUAGUGAAAUGCAAAGUCAUGCCAAACUUUUGAUGAAAUAGGGGAUGCAUUGGUUCAUCUUCAUUAAUGUUCAAUCAAUUGUGAUUCGUGGCACUUUCAGCGAGGAGCAGAACAUGUAUGUGAUGAUUGUAUGUAUGAGUUUCUGUAAAGCCAGUGAGUAGGACAUAUUGCUACAGUGUCAUAAUAGAAUUAUCAAUAACUUGCCACAUUUAUGGAAUUUCUGGGACAUUGUACAGCAUUCUCAAUGGGUCAAACCAAUUAGAAAGACUGAUAUUUAGAAAAACAGCUUUGAAAUUUUGCAAAAGGGUUAAAGAUCAAUUUUACACACUGAUCACAGUGAUGAAAAGCAACAUUUAUUUCUCACUGAUCUGGUCUCCCAUGACUGAGUUUUUUUUCCCUGUGAAAAUCAAGAUUCUGCUUCUUCCUUCAGUCACCAUAUGGGAUACAACAGCAGGAAAGCAGAUACCAAAAAAUAGUGUCAUAUCAUUUUUCUGACACUGAUGAACAAUGAAGCCACUGAACACAGUCUUCAAACCAACAUUUAAAAUAUACAUAUAAAUAAAAUUUAUUUAAAUACAGCUCAAAACCAUGUUGAAUUCAAAAUUAGAAAAGAAGAUCUCUUUUUUUUUUUUUUUUUUGGCCAUGAUGUUCCACACGUAACCAAAUGAAUAUGGAAUAGGCCAAUCAAAUUCAUUAGCAGGCAGCAUGCCGUGCAUAUCCCUUCACAUAUCAAGUGCCAUUUGAAACCCCCAUUCUCUCACUCUCAGAACAACAGCAGUGGUCUACACACUGUCAAUCGCACAGGCAUCCAAUGCAUACUUCGACUUUGCCCAAAGAUUUACGCAUUUGCAAAUAAACUGCUGGGUGUUGAAAGAGAGAAAGAGCAAUUGUACUUUAAAUUCUAUUCUAAACUCACAGUAUAGUAUAUCCCCAAUUCUGCCCUACACCAGCCUUGUUUUAAUUUGUUCUUGAACGUCUGUUUGACCAUUGGAUUGUCUCUAGUAUGUGUGCUUGUAAAAUAUGGUCAUGUUGGUCUGAAUGCUAAGUCAAAGAACCCUAGCCGUGAAGUUGCAAACAGCAAAUUAGUCGCAUCGGUUCUAGUUUAUUGCAUAGAGUCAGUGCAGGAUGUCUUAAGAAAUACUUUUGAGGUCAUGCAUGCCUUUAGAAACAACAUUCUGAACAUUGCCGAAACACUGGUUCAAAUGUUGAUUGUCUUAAAGCGAUAACUUACAUAAUUCUCAAUUCCUAACACAAUUCUGAAUUUCGAGUGUUUUACAUGACAGUUAAGAAUGUUUGGAAACAUUCUUAGGGAACAAUUUUGUGAACUAGUGAUUUGGGCACUCUUCCAGUGAAUCUCCCUUCCCAAGCUCUUUGCUUUAUAGCUUCAAAGAGGCUUAUGGCAGCUUUUUCAAUUUUAUACAAAAAGAUGCUUGAAACAUCACAAGGGGAUUUUAUGAAAAGGGUCAGAGGUGACUAAGACAACUUUUCUGUUCUUAAUGUCCUUUUUUGGAAUACCAUUUCACUCCAUAACUAACACUGGUCAUAGUUACCGCUAGCAUAGUCUGUUUAAUGACACAGCUGUUGAUUGUCUACAUAACAUUUUGUAGCAUUUCAAGAUGCACUUAUCAGAAGAACAUGUGAACAACUACAUUUUCAGCCUGUUCAAUAUACAGUAUAGGCUUCAAGGCGCAACAAUGUAACAGGUCAUUGAGCCGCAUUCAGGAAUGGAUUUGUGUAAAUCAUUCGCAAAACCAUUCUUACGUAAACUGUUGCAUUUAAUUCAGUGUGACAAUUAAAUAAGAAUGGUUUAUUGAACAUUUUUACUCAGAAAUUCACACUGCUUGUUUCAUGAAUGAGGUCCAUUGCUUUCAAACACACUCAGUGUAUCAAAAUAAAGUCUACUAUUCUGUGUACCUUGCCAAAAACUCACUGAAAUACGGAUUACACUCACUCAGUCAACGAGAGGUGAGAACUGUAAAGGUGGGUUUGUUUGGCCUCAUAUUUCUUGAGAUAUGCUGCAUCUUGAAGUGCAUCUGUAUCUGUGUUUGUCCAAAUUUGAUGUGUCAGCAAGCAGGGGAUUCAACAGGACUUUCCCUUCGGCUUUUUACAUUCCUGACUUCCCACCCCA